AUGGCGCAGCCUUUGCAGACGAAAAUCUACAGCAGCCAACCGGAGGCGCAAAAGGGUGCUGCCCCUGGGCUUGCCUACUUCCACAUUCCGUUGCCCGAGCACGCAAGCUUCGACUCGACAAAUUCCACCGGUGUGAGGCAGGAAGGCAUAAGCUCCGCGACGGUGAACUCUGGAUUUUUCACAACGAUGGUGGCAGCAGGGGACGUGAAGGCGGUUUUCACAGGCCUCUAUCAUCUCAAUGACUUCUGUGGCGAGUUGACCGGCGUACAUCUGUGCUAUGCCGGGGGCUUCGGAUAUCACGCAUACGGGAAGGCCGGCUGGUCUCGGAGGGCGAGAGUGGUGUUAGCUUCCCUCGAGAAAACACAGAAGGGGUCGUGGGGAACAGUCAAGUCCAUUAAAACUUGGAAACGACUCGAUGAUAAGAAGCUUAGUCUCAUUGAUGCUCAGGUGUUGUGGAGCAAGAGCUCCACCAAUAAGCAGCGGAUUCUGUGA